CAACUUCUCCAGCCGGCAGGGGCGAGCGCCGGGGAGGCGGCGAGGGCGAGUGAGUGCGGCGGCGUGGGGCGGAGGCAGGCGCCCGGGCCGCUCGGGAUUGGGCCGCCGACCGGACCACCUGCCACCCAGGGGAGGGUCCCGGUGGCGAGAGCGGGGCGGGGUGCCCCGGGAACCCUGGACCCAACUGGGGCAGAGGGCACUGGACCGGGCCGGACUCAGGCAUUCAGGAGGCGGGCGAGCCCAGGUUGCUGAGAGGCCGCAGGAAGGUGAUACGGAGAGCUGAAACCAUGGUUCAGCAGGUGCUGUACCGGGCGCUGGUCUCCACCAAGUGGCUGGCGGAGUCCGUCCGGGCUGGCAAGCUGGGCCCUGGCCUUCGAGUGCUGGACGCCUCCUGGUACUCGCCGGGCACCCGCGAGGCCCGCAAGGAAUACCUAGAGCGCCAUGUGCCCGGCGCCUCCUUCUUUGACAUAGAGGAGUGCCGGGACAGAGCGUCGCCCUACGAGAUGAUGCUGCCCAGCAAGGCGGGCUUCGCCGACUACGUGGGCAGCCUGGGCAUCAGCAACGACACGCAUGUGGUGGUGUACGAUGGUGACAACUUGGGCAGCUUCUAUGCGCCGCGGGUCUGGUGGAUGUUCCGUGUGUUUGGCCACCGCACCGUAUCCGUGCUCAAUGGUGGCUUCCGGAACUGGCUGAAGGAGGGCCACCCGGUGACAUCUGAGCCCUCACGCCCAGAGCCAGCUGUCUUCAAAGCCACACUGGACCGCUCCCUGCUCAAGACCUACGAGCAGGUGCUGGAGAACCUCGAAUCAAAGAGGUUCCAGCUGGUGGAUUCACGGGCCCAAGGGCGGUACCUGGGCACGCAGCCGGAGCCAGAUGCAGUAGGACUGGACUCGGGCCACAUCCGAGGCUCAGUCAACAUGCCCUUCAUGGACUUCCUGAUGGAGGAUGGCUUCGAGAAGAGCCCGGAGGAGCUCCGUGCCAUGUUCGAGGCCAAGAAGGUGGACCUCGCAAAGCCCAUCAUCGCCACGUGCCGAAAGGGUGUCACUGCCUGCCACAUCGCCCUGGCCGCCUACCUCUGCGGCAAGCCCGAUGUGGCCAUCUAUGACGGCUCCUGGUUCGAGUGGUUCCACCGGGCCCCCCCGGAGACCCGGGUGUCCCAGGGGAAGGGCGGGAAGGCGUGAGCGGUGGCCUCUCCUACCCUCGCCCACAACUCCCGCCAGUGGAGUGACCCCAGCGUGGCCCGCAGCUGGUCCAUGCCUCAUCGGCUAAGGAGAUGAACAAGUUUUUAGAGUUAAUGUGUAGAGUGCUCCUUUUCCCAACAACACUGGAAUAAACCUGGCCUUUUCCGAGUA